AUGAAGCUAUUUUUCUUCAUAGCCUUGCUGGAGGUGGUCAAUGACCUCUUUGAAGAACAGACCGACCUGGAAAAGAUUGUCAAGAAAAUAAUGCAUCGGGCCCAAACUCUGUUGAAAUGUGAACGCUGUUCCGUUUUACUUCUAGAAGACAUUGAGUCACCAGUGGUGAAGUUUACCAAAUCCUUUGAACUGAUGUCCCCAAAGUGCAGUGCGGACGCGGAGAACAGUUUCAAAGAAAGCGUGGAGAAGUCAUCUUACUCCGACUGGCUGAUAAAUAACAGUAUCGCUGAGCUGGUUGCUUCGACAGGCCUUCCUGUGAAUGUCAGCGAUGCCUACCAGGACCCACGCUUUGACGCUGAGGCUGACCAGAUAUCUGGCUUUCAUAUAAGAUCUGUUCUCUGUGUCCCUAUUUGGAACAGCAACCACCAAAUAAUAGGGGUCGCUCAAGUGCUGAACAGACUCGACGGGAAACCUUUUGAUGAUGCUGACCAAAGGCUUUUUGAGGCCUUUGUCAUCUUUUGUGGCCUUGGUAUUAACAACACGAUUAUGUACGACCAAGUGAAGAAGUCCUGGGCCAAGCAGUCCGUGGCUCUUGAUGUGCUGUCCUACCACGCCACGUGUUCCAAGGCUGAAGUCGACAAGUUCAAGGCAGCCAACAUCCCCCUGGUGUCGGAACUGGCCAUCGAUGACAUCCAUUUUGAUGACUUUUCCCUUGAUGUUGAUGCCAUGAUCACAGCUGCUCUACGGAUGUUCAUGGAGCUGGGGAUGGUACAGAAAUUUAAAAUCGACUAUGAGACCCUGUGCAGGUGGCUUCUGACAGUAAGGAAAAACUACCGGAUGGUUCUCUACCACAACUGGAGACACGCCUUCAACGUGUGCCAGCUGAUGUUUGCCAUGCUAACCACUGCUGGGUUUCAAGAGAUUCUGACCGAGGUGGAAAUUUUAGCGGUGAUUGUGGGAUGCCUGUGUCAUGACCUCGACCACAGGGGAACCAACAAUGCCUUCCAAGCUAAGAGUGACUCUGCACUGGCCCAGCUCUAUGGGACCUCAGCGACCUUAGAGCAUCACCACUUUAACCACGCCGUGAUGAUCCUUCAGAGUGAGGGUCACAACAUCUUUGCUAAUUUGUCCUCCAAGGAAUACAGCGACCUCAUGCAGCUCCUGAAGCAGUCGAUACUAGCCACAGACCUCACGCUGUACUUCGAGAGAAGAACUGAGUUCUUCGAGCUUGUCAGUAAAGGAGACUAUGAUUGGAGCAUCACAAGUCACCGCGAUGUGUUUCGAUCAAUGUUAAUGACAGCUUGUGACCUUGGAGCCGUGACCAAACCGUGGGAGAUCUCCAGACAGGUGGCUGAACUUGUCACCAGCGAGUUCUUCGAACAAGGAGAUCGGGAGAGGUCGGAACUCAAGCUCACCCCCUCUGCUAUUUUUGACCGGAACCGGAAAGAUGAGCUGCCUCGGCUGCAACUGGAGUGGAUUGACAGCAUCUGCAUGCCUUUGUAUCAGGCCUUGGUGAAAGUCAAUGCAAAACUGAAGCCGAUGCUGGACUCAGUGGCCGCCAACCGCAGGAAGUGGGAAGAGUUGCACCAAAAAAGACUACAGGUCUCUGCUGCCUCCCCAGUCCCUUCCAGUCCCAGCCCAGCGGUGGCCGGAGAGGACAGACUGUAAACCACCCAGAGCCGCUGCGCCACCCUGUGGCCUGGAGGACCCUCUGCAUCCUGAACUAUCUGCUUUGGUUGAAUAGCAUCACCCUCUUCCUUCAGCUCGGACAGUCCUAAAGCUUUGACUGGAUCAGGAAGCACACAAGGAAGUGUGCUUGGCGGCAGAGGAAUGGAAGGAUGAAGAGAAUACGACCCUCAACUUUGUCAUGAACCCAUGCUGCUGGAUUUGGAUCCGUGGACCUGAAGGCCAUCACCCCACUCGUGCUGAGUUGAGAGGACACCGUGGUAAAAGUGUCACUAUGGCUGCUUCCUGUAUGGCACUUUUCUGUUAUGAGCAUUUCCUUUCUGUGCAGCCUCUCCGGAGCAGACUCCAGCCGGUCCCAAGAAUGCAGAUUUGCAUUCUAGGUGUUUUGUUUCUAAUCUACUGCUUCUUUGUAAUGCACCAGACCCUUCGUCUCCUUUGCUAGUGGAUAAGCCUGCUCCCUUUAUUAGCGCCAGGUAAUCCCAAUCUUGAUUGCCACAGUAGUAAUAUAGUGUGUUUGUCUAAUUGGUGUUACACAGGAGCUGUAACUCUGCAGUGAGAUAGAUCACGGUUCAGCUUUUUAAUUCAGCCUUUGUUGCAAACAAAGCCUUUUUCUAGGGGGAACAGAUUAAUAAUUUUAUUAAAGCAAAGGUGAAAAGGAAUCUAAGGCCACAUGUACAAGUGACAUGUAUGAACACCAGAACUGCUUCCAACGAAGAAAUAUUUCACAGGUGCAGAGGAACCCUGUGACCAGUCGUGGAAUAGUUUGAGGUGAAGGGGAUGAAGGUUUGGGGAUAAAAUUUAAGGAACCCCAAUUUUACAUUUUUCCUUACAUGUAAAAAAGAAUGUUCUAGAAAGGCCAGGAAAGAACACCUGCACAACCUAUAUCCAGUAAGAAGUCAGAUCUACAGCACGUGAAAACAGUUUUAAAGAGGUAUGCUCACCAGAAAGCUGCCUGAGACACUAAGGACAGGAUCUGUCUUACCCAAAGAACAUUGGGCUUCCUGUCCCUCACUUUGCAUCGUUAGCUGAGUGAGUUUGGACCUAGAUUUCUCUGUGUCAAGUGACAUUACACUAGGAAUUUAUUUGCAGAAAUCUUAGCAUUAAAAUCUUUUGUCCAAAUAAACUUCCAAGGAUUCCCCAGGGCACAAGAUAGCUGGAAUCUGAAAUUUUCUGUGUGAAGCAGGUUUUGGGCGCCCAGAGCCCAGACAAACAUGUCUUUGUUCACAUACAUGGUGCUCCAUAGAGAACUCCUUAGGGAAUGUGAAACCUGAGAGUCAGCCCAGCUCUGAACAAUCAAAAACUUAACAAAAAAAUUUUCCCUCAACUUACAAAACAUUUUUUUCUUACUUUGACUGAUCAGUAUCAGUUUUUAACUUUACCAAAUUCCAAAAAUAUAGGGGUCGAGUUUCACCGUCCUUGCAUUCUGGGUAUUCAGGAGAUGUUUGAAGAUGGGGUAGUUAAACGAAACUAACAAGACAGGAGAGGAGUAAGCUGAAAAUCAUCCAAGGAAGGCAGCUUUACUGUGGCAAGAAACAAUAAAAUUAUAAACCAGGCAAAGGAUAAGGCUAGAAAAAGAGACGAGAGAGAAGACUACAGGAGAAAUAGGGGCAGAGGCGGAUGGUUAAGACAAAACGGCUAAGGAAAGGUGAAAGUCAAUCCAAACAAAGAAAAAAUCAUCGCACUUCCAGAAG